AUGGCCAUGUAUCUCAGUAUGUUACGGGGCUGUGAAGGCUACAAUGAGAUCAUCUUCCCUCACUGCUCCUGUGACUCCCGACGCAAAGGCCACGUCGUCACAGCCAUCAGCAUCCACCACUUUAAACUGCACGCCUGCACAGAGGAGGGAACGCUAGAGAACCAGGUGAUCGUGUUUGAGUGGGUGGAGAUGCAACGCUGGGACACUGAUGAGGAGGGCAUGGCCUUCUGCUUCGAGUACGCCAGGGGAGAGAAGAAACCUCGCUGGGUCAAGAUCUUUACCCCAUACUUCAACUACUUGCAUGAGUGCGUUGAGAGAGUCUUCUGUGAACUCAAGUGGAGGAAAGAGGUGGAAGAGGAGGCUGUGGAUAAGGACAAUAAGAACUGCAGUAAAGAUGGUAUGUGUAGCAAGAAUAUCUUCCAGCUGUUGAGACACAGAAGGGAUGGAGGCACCUAGGAGGAGAGAUCAUCACCUCCUAAACAUGCACUCCUCCAUCCAUCCCUCUGGUCUGGCUCGGCCCGGAACGACCUACCACCAGUACCAGUCCUCACACAACUACUACUACACCAACUACAAAGCAACAAACUACAACUUCUACACACCAAUAACAGCAACUACAGAUCAACAACCACUACACACCAUCAAACUACAAAUGAACAACUUCUGGACUGAUUGAAGGAGAAACAACCACGCACACUACAACGUAAGCUGUUACUCACCAUGAACCCUUGAAUACAACCCAACCACCCAAUGUAAACACAUUAGACAAGCCAACAGGAUGCUACAGUAGAAACUUACAGCAGCUUUGUACAGGUGAAUAAGUAACUCUGAAGACUUAGAUACAUGCCUUCAUACAUUGCAUCACCUCUUUGGUUAAAACUUGAUGGAGACCUGUGACUAUUGGCUAAGGAGGCUGACGUCUUGCGGUGGGAUUAGAUGAAGGAGAUGGUUCUCUGGGACGCUAUUGGACAAGGGAAUUGACACGUGCAAGGCCAUUGGGUGUUUUGUGGCCACUUUGGAGUGCUCUGGACUGGAACAGAGUGCAGUGGAAGAAGAGAAAAAAGGAGAGAUACAGAUGCUGGAACAGAACCUGUUUUAAAAGAGUAAACAGCUGGUGGUGAUGGAACAGAAGUCAUCACUGAGGGGACACUGAGGAGACGCAUCUGAAAAGUGCAAAAACAGGAACAUUGAGCUUCUUUGUGACUUUCAUGACACACCAUAUCCCUCUGUGUGUGUGUGUGAUAUGUUGUGUGUAUGAUAUGAUAUGGUAUGUAUGAUAUGGUGCGUGUGCAGACUGAUUAUGGACUGAGCUGUGAGUGUCUAGGUUGGAACCCUGGAGGUAGAAACACAGCCCUUCUCUGUGACUCUGAACCUAACUCCCAGACAGAGUCUAAACAGAGGCAGACAGACAGACAGACAUACGGAGGGAGACGGCCCCACAAUGUAAGAGACUGGACUCAUAUGAACUACACAGACAAACAGACAGACAGAUAUUAUCUCCUGUUUGUAGCCACAAUCUCCAUUUCAAAGAGAUCUAUUGAAGAGACUAUUACAGAGAGAGAGACCGUACAUUUCCUUUAUUUGUUUGACUUUUGGGCCGAGCAGAGCCAAGGGUAGCAAUGUGUGUGUUUCAGCUGCUGUUUCUGUUUUGUUUUGUUGUUUUACAGAUGCUGAAAUUGCCCUGAAACCAUUUUUUUAUACACAAACCCUCCCAUAAAAAAAACACUGACACACACAGAAUGCUCAUCAUGUAGGAAUUGGAUCCCAGGAAAGUAUUCUGCCAUCUUGACAGAUACCUGAACAAUGAACGUUUACUUCCUGUGUGUUUUGUGCACCUCCUAAAGACAAUAUUUAAAAAAAACAUUUUAAAAUGUGGACAUUUCAGACAUUGGAAAGAUAGCACAAAAACAACCCUGUAAGAUGUUGACCAUGUUAAGCUCAAUAUGUAUUCAUUCUGUGCUAGCCUAUGCUGUGUGUUCUUCUGAUGCCUAACCAUGGGUUCUCAUGAAGACAGUAUUUAUGCAGGGGAUUGUAAAUAACACUGAACUCAGAAGUGCAUCUCGA